AUGUUGAGCCGCUAUGGAACCCCCGAAGAGCUGAAGGAGCUCAUUGACGUGGCUCACUCCCUGGGCAUCAUGGUGCUCCUGGACGUGGUGCACAGUCACGCCUCCAAGAACACGGAGGAUGGACUGAACAGCUUUGACGGCUCCGACUCCUGCUUCUUCCAUGCUCCACCCCGAGGGGAUCACAGCCUGUGGGACAGCCGCCUCUUCAACUACUCCAGUUGGGAAGUGCAGCGGUUUCUCCUCUCCAACCUGCGCUGGUGGAUGGAGGAGUACAGCUUUGAUGGCUUCAGGUUCGAUGGAGUCACGUCUAUGCUCUACCACCAUCAUGGAAUUGGCUCAGGCUUCUCCGGAGACUACAGCGAGUACUUUGGCCUCCAGGUGGAUGAAGACUCUUUGGUUUACCUAAUGCUGGCUAACCACAUAGUACACAGCCUUUACCCACACUGCAUCACUGUAGCAGAGGACGUGUCAGGGAUGCCCGCCUUGUGCCGUGGAGUGGAGGAGGGGGGACUGGGCUUUGAUUACCGCCUGGCCAUGGCAAUCCCCGACAAGUGGAUCCAGGUAAGACUAUUUAGUCCUGACACAUGGAGCGCUCCUCCAGCUUUUAUGGUUGCCCGGGCUGCACACCGGGGUCUUCAAAUGCUCUCAAAACUGGAGCGAGCACUGCACACAGAAGAGGGAAAAGGCAGCCGCAGUAUUCCUUUAGCUUUCAACGUGGAUAAAAGACGUGUGCGCAGCCGGGGAAGCACUAAACUCUGGUGGCAUGCAGGAAAACAGCUGAGCCCGGCGCUAAGGUUGGGAGCCUUCUGA